ACUAUGCGCUCUGCCUCCUUUCCUCUCGCUGCAGCGAUGAAAGCAGAGGUGAAAACCGAGACAAACCAGUGGAUGUGCCAUAAAACCUCUUGUUAGAGCUGAGAUAUUCUUCUGGCAGCAGUGAAGCCGGGUGAGCUCGGAGCUCUUAGGUGGUUUAGUCGAAGAUACGACGCUAUCUGUGUGAGAGGGCAAUCUGAAGUGAUCCGAAGACGACAGAGGGGGGGUUGUCGGCCCACUGCAGUCUGAAUCACCGCAGACUCGCCCCACCGCUGGUUCAUCAUCGACGACAUUUGACGGUCUACGUGCGCAUCCUCUCGGAGGCAGAAAGCAACUGGAAGGGACGGGACGUAAGCCCGUGUUUGACCCUCUGCCGCAGCCCCGAGGUGCGCUGCUUGGCAGGGCGUGCUAAAUAAUGAGCCAAAGGGACACACUGGUUCAUUUGUUCGCUGGAGGAUGCGGUGGCACAGUGGGUGCAAUUUUGACGUGUCCUCUGGAGGUUGUGAAGACCAGACUGCAGUCCUCUUCCAUCACUCUCUACAUCUCUGAAGUCCAGCUCAGCACCGUCAACGGAGCCAGUGUGGCCCGUGUAGCUCCACCAGGGCCUCUGCACUGUCUCAAGUUAAUUCUAGAGAGAGAGGGACCCCGUUCACUCUUCAGAGGACUGGGACCCAACCUUGUGGGUGUGGCACCUUCCAGGGCGAUCUACUUUGCAGCCUAUUCAACAGCUAAGGAGAAGCUAAAUGGAGUGCUGGAGCCGGACUCAACCCAAGUGCACAUGGUGUCAGCUGGGAUGGCAGGGUUCACCGCCAUCACAGCCACCAAUCCCAUCUGGCUGAUCAAGACUCGUCUGCAGCUGGAAACCAGAAACCGGGGGGAGCGGCGAAUGAAUGCAUUCGAGUGUGUGCGGCGGGUGUACCAGAUGGACGGCCUGCGAGGUUUCUACAGGGGCAUGUCAGCCUCAUACGCUGGUAUCUCUGAGACUGUUAUCCAUUUUGUCAUCUAUGAGAGCAUCAAACGUAAACUGUUGGAAUGGAAGGCCCACGCCAGCAUGGACGAAGAGGAAGAGUCCGUCAAAGAUGCGUCGGACUUUGUGGGCAUGAUGCUUGCAGCAGCCACCUCAAAAACUUGUGCCACCUCCAUUGCCUACCCUCACGAGGUGAUACGAACACGGCUACGAGAGGAGGGCAGCAAGUAUCGCUCUUUCUUCCAGACUCUGUUGACGGUACCCAGGGAGGAAGGAUACCGGGCGCUGUACCGCGGCCUAACCACCCACCUCGUCAGACAGAUCCCCAACACGGCCAUCAUGAUGUGCACCUAUGAGGUGGUGGUCUACCUACUUGGCCAUUAGCCCAUCAGGUGUGUCUCCUUCUUGUUUAAAGAGGGAGACGUCCAGAAAUGACUGAGAAGGAAGCCCUUUGGCAAGGAGUGAAGACAAAAUGUCAAAAUGAAGACCAAAGGAAAACCGAAAAUACUCUAGCGGACCAGAAGAGGAUUAAAGAUGAAGAAAUAGGAGGGAGGAAAGCCCUUUGUUACCAUAUCAGCAUCAUCACCUCUCCUUUAUCAGAGUGCUGUGACAGACAGAGGGUGCUGCAGCUCACAGAUGAGGUAACAUGGGUAGGAUGAGAAAGGAGGCACUGACAGAGGAGACAGAAAGAAUUUGGCACCUUAAACUAAGGGUACUUCUGAAAGAUUUUAAGCACAAUUCAGUGGCCUUAAUAGAAAUGGUUUUGUGUCUCUUUGAGUGAUGAGUGAAAAACAGCCUUUUUCACUCUUGGAUAGAGACGAUAUUGUGAAAGGGGAAUGCUUGGAGACAACUGAAUUUAAAAGGACAGAUAAUUAAAUGUAGGUCAGUUUCACUCUACUUGGCACUAUUAUUCUGCACUGGUCUUGUUUCAGUGCUGUGAGACUACUGUAUAAUUAGCUAACUGGCAGUAUGGAGUGCUUAAUUAAAGCUGAAUGUCAGAAGGAAGUUGGCAUUUUAAACAACGUGUCACCUGAGCCACUCAUCUUUGCACUACAGAAGGUGUGGCUUCAAGCAUUCCCCUCUGAACGCUGCAGUCAACCCCCCCAUUGAAGGCCUGAAGUUCAUACACAGUUAACUGGCCACACACAACAAUGAGCUUGUGACGGCCUGUCACUUGAACACAUGCCUCAGAAACCAGCUUGUGGUUAUGAAGAGUAGGUUGAAAAGCUGACAUUCAGUGUUUUAUUCCCUCUAUAACUCAGUGCCUGGUGGUGACAUGCUUCGGGUGAAGCUGGCCUUCUGCGUGUCGACAGAUUCUCUUUGUUGAAACUGAAAUAAGAUCGGCACACAAAGCCAGCUUCUCCCAGCGCCCGGUUGCUGCUCAGGACUUGUAAAUCUUGUGUGAAGACAUGAGACCAGCGUGUCCUUUUUGAGAUGUGAAGUGUGAUUGUCCAAAAGGUACCAAGAGUUAAAGGGAAACUUCAGUAUUUGUCAACCUGGAACAUUGUUUUUGUUUCUAAGGGCGUUUUCAAAUUAUGUACGAUUGAUUAGUAUGCCUGAGUACGAUUGCCCCCUCCUCUCCGUUAGUAAUGUUCUGUACAUGAGUGCACUUAUUAUCUAUGUGACAUUUUUGUCCUGCUACAGUGUAGAAAAGGUGAAGCAGUAAGGUGGAUCUCUGCCGCUGUCCGGUGCAGAGCUCUCUGCCUCCAGACUGCAGGUCCAAGGCACCAACAAAGCCGGAUCAGGGUCUCUCUGCUGUGGGCUGAGCUGCAAGAGGCAUUAGCAUUUAUUUAGACUGUUUCAUAACUGGUUACAAACUCCCUGCAGUUACAUUUUAUAGCAGUCUGCUUCUGUAUUUUUGUACAGUUGGUGUUCACCCUGUAUGCGUACUGUAUCAGAGUACACAUGAACCGAACUCUAGACCACCUUUUGAAGUGGACCCAGGCACAAGUCGGCAUACUGUUCCCAGGUACGGUACACAGUAUUUACACUAAUUAAACAAUCUGGACUUUAGGGUCAACUGUGCUUGGGUCACUGAUGUGAAAGCCCCUUAAAUCAGUGGUUCCCAACUGGUGGUGCAUGGUCCAAAAGUGGGUCGCAUGUCCAUUUUGAAUGAACCGCAAGUGACCUGCGAGUUGUUAAAAAAAAACACUUUAUUUUGAAGUACAGUGAAUUUACAGCACAGAGCUUUUAUUUUGAAGUACCGCCUCUAGCUGUACAGUGAAUAACUAACAGACAGCUACUUAACAGAGACAACAAACUAGCAUGAAGACAUGGCCAAAUGCAAGUAUGACGCUGAAUAUGCCAAACAGUGUGGACCUUGAAGAAAAAAUCUGGACCCUGUGGCUGGACCAGUUGGGAACCACUGCCUUAAAUGACUAAUGGGAGCAAUCAUUUUUGAAAUUGGUCUUGUAUUAAGUGACAGAGCUGCAGCCAGCUGCCACGAAGCAAGCUGUACUGUAAGCACUUAAGGCAAUAGUGCACCGCCAUUGUAUCAACUUAAAGCGCUGGCUUUUGACACUGACAGGCUCAGAUUGUUAUUAUAAGUGUCCGACACAUCAUGGAAAGGAUCCCUACAAAGACAUAAAACGUUUUUCUUUACCCUUCGCUUGAUCUGGUCUGUUUGUUACUGUGUCUAAUCAAAUCUUGUUCAAGCAGAAGACUUUUUCCCUUUGUGGAAAUCAGCUAAAUAUUCACUCAUGACAUGAAAGACAUUAAUUUCUCUGUAGGGUUCUUUCCAUAAUAUUGUCAGACAUUUAAUAACAACCUGAACCUGUUAGUGGCAAAAACAAGCUCUCAGAGGAUGUACAUUGACAGUGCAUAAUUGCCCCCAGUGGCUACACUACAGCUGUUUCGCCUCUGCUGGCCACAGCCGUCUCACUCAAAAUAAGACCAGUUUCCAAAAUUGUCAUCUCCAUUAGUCACUUAGACACAAAAACAUGAGGAAAUAGCAUCCAGGUUGACAAUUACUGAAGUUUUGCUUUAAAUAUCUGCUAUUGGAGUGCCACUACUUGAAUCUAACGUGAUGGUGUGGGGGAAUGUUGGAGUGCGAGAAUGUUGAUGGAGUUUCAUCAUCACCCCAUAACCUGUUUGUGUGUGAGCGCGUGUGUCUGACAUGUUCGUCAGUUUCACCUUGACGAUCUACCUAUGUUCAGGAAUGUGCGUGAGUGGGUGUGUUUGUGCAUCUGCGGUCAUGGGUGCCUGCAUGUAUAAUUAAUAUCUACUCCAGAUUUCCCUCCACUAACUAUUAAUCUUUCACGACACUGCGGUUGGGAGUGUGGAGAAAAGCUCCUGAACGACAGUGGCAGCUUUCAUUUCCCACUCUCGUGUCAGUCCUUCCUUCCAGUGGCUUCCAACUGACCCGAUAACGUGCACGUUUGUGGCCUUUUAGGGCUUGUGCUUUGCAUUUUAUUGUGUGGACAGUUUGAACUUGUACAUUGUAAAAGAAAAAGAAGUAUUACUGUAUAUCCAAAUGGUAUUUUGCGCAACUGUUCUUAUAACAGAUAUAUUGUACAGAUUAGAGUUCUCAGUAGUUGUGAAGGAUGUCCAAAUGUGUGUAUAUAAUAUAGAUACUGUAUAUGCAUAUCAUCUAUUGUUUUUUUUUCUUCUUAGGCCCCUGUAUGAUCAAGCUGUAGAUUGCAUUUGUUUGUUUUCAUUUAUGUGCAAUUUAACCUUGUUUGACUGUUGACAUUAAUAUUGACAUCGCUUGACAGAUUUUUCCUAUAGUAUAAACUGUUUUUUGUAUUUGUAUGUUGCUGCAAGCUAUCAUGUUAACAUUUGUGCUAACGCUAAAGAUAACAAACGCUCCAGGACAAAUAUUUUAUCGUAAGCAUUUGUGCUGGAGCGUUGGUCGGUCAUCUUGUGUUCCAUUUCACAUAGUUUGGAUGUUUCCGCCAUUGGUGAGAGUUUACAUAGUUUAUUAAAAUAAUCAGAAGUUAAUCUGUCAGAUUUUUACCCCUUUUCCACCAACGGGCUCCGUUCUGGUUCUAGCGCCAAAUUCUGAACCCUUCGGAGAAUUUCGACCAAAAAUAAAUUGUUUGGAAACUGAAAAUUUGGCUUCCAGCUCUAAAAAUAAACGUCAGGAUUUCCUGUGGCGACACCAGUAGGUGUGUUACAUACUACAAGUUUAAAAGAGAGGACGGAGAAGGCAACAAUAGAGACGUUAAGUGAGAAAGCAUCUGUAAAAGAAGAGCGAGCAGUGGUCUCGGAUAAAACAAAUACCUGCGAUAACAAAACAAAAGCUUGCAGGUAGUGUGAUCUGCCAUCUUGCUCCAUUGUGUAGCACCUUCCACUGAUGAUGCACCUGUGAUUACAGCGGUUCCAUUCAAGCAAGCUAGUUCGCUCAAAACGCAAAGGUCUAGUCCUGAACCGAACCGUUACAAAAACCAGAGCUAAUUUGGUGGAAAAGAGGUACUAGUGACAUGUUCUCAAUAUCAAUAUGAAGUAUUUUAAUGUGAGAGUUCAAGAACUGGAGUCAUCUUUCUACAACAUUGUACAAAGCUUGGACUGUGUAGUUAAAGAAAAACAAAAAAGUCAGAAAUCGCCAGGCUAAUCUGUUAAUGAAGAGGGUUGUUGGUAAAAACAGUAAAUGAUCAGUUAAAAAAAACUCAUAUAGCAGACAAAAAGAAGGAUCUUAUGGGAAAAUUUGGCACACACUUUUUCAAAUUGUGUCCAAGCACCUUAUCAAAUUUUCUCUUGAAUUAUUUUAUAUUGUUUGGAGUUAAAACAUCCUUUUCCAUGACAGAGAAAAGCCCUCCUUCCACACCCUCUCUGACCUGGCUGCUGUGGUCUCAGCACACACUCAGUCUCCAUAACAAACUGAUAAAGUCUGCACAGUAUUGUUCAUUUCAUCAGUUACAGAAAAUCUGGUUUAUUCAUGCACGAUGUUCUUGAACGCUCUUAUUUCCCUCCCCUUGUUCCAGUAUAAUUUCAGGGGCAAACUCAGCCCUGUGUUGUUACCUGUAACAGUUAUUGACUUCCAUCUAAAUGUUGCUAUAGCUCGUUGCUGAUAUAUAUGAAAAAGAAAGCUGUCUCAUUUUAAUGUCCAUGUUCUCCUGUAAAACACUAAUAGCUUUUAUGUCUUUUGCGCUGUUGCAGAAAUACUUGAGGUCAAAUUACCAAAAUGUGAAACAAACAGACAACUGGACAAACAGUGCAAACAUUUCACUUUAUUUUUUUACCUCUCAUUUCAGUGUCUGUACGCAAUUCAGUAUGUUUCUCCUGUACGCUCUGACAGGACGCAGCCUCAGCAGGAUCGAAUGAAACCUGGAAGAUUGUUUUUUGUUUUUUUUGCCAGCUCAAUCAUUGAUGUAUUUUUUUGUUUGUUUGUUUUUUAAACACAAAAGUAAAUAAAAAUCCACUCGCAACUAAAA